AUGCUUCCUGGAAAAGCAAUCGCAAACCCAAAGGAGUAUGUGCAAGCAAUUACUCUUAAGAGUGGGAGAGUUCUUCCGGAGAGAGUGGUACCAUCAAGAAGCAACGAGGACGUUGCGAUUCAAGAGGAGGAGGAGUCAGUCGACAUUGAAGCUGAGGAGAGAGUUGAGAAAGAGUCAGUAGAACCAGAGCCUGAGAAGCAGAGACAGCGCACCAGAAGCCGUCAAAAGGAAACAAGAAGAGGAGGGAAACUCUUUUUGUUCCCCACCAUUCAAACCAAUGCUGCCUUUUCCAACACGUUUCAAGAAACAAAUGGCAGAGAAAUGCAGAAAGUUUUUGAUCAGCAAUUGUCAGAGAUCAACCUGAAGAUCCCUUUUGUGGAUGCUCUCAUGAUGAUCAAGCCUUAUCAGAAAUUUUUGAAAGAUGAAGUCAAGGCAUGGUGGUAUUGUCUCAAGAGUGUAGUGCUAUAA